CAGCGAUUUGACAACUUCCUGUUAAAAAAACGACUGGAAUACGACUGGACUGAAUUUAUUUUAGUUAUUUGCUCUACCAAACCAGCAAGAUGGGGAAGGGUUUUAAUAAUUACAUGACAAAGAAGUUUUUCCAUCCUGCUAGCAAGGAAAAUAUAAAACGGGUAUGGAUGGCAGAACAAAAAACACAAUUUGACAAGACAAAACAGGAAGAUUUAUUAGCCCAGUAUCAGAAAGAACAGGACAUGUACAGGAACAGGGCUCUUCUUGGAGAUGAAAAGGCCAAACUAGGUUUGAGUUUCAUGUAUGAUGCACCACCUGGUAUGAAGAAAAAAGAGCAAGAAGAGGGAGAAGCAGAGGUGAAAUUUGACUGGCAGAGAAAGUACAAUGCACCAAGAGAGCAGUAUGCCAAGGAUGAUGAGAUGAUCCGCGACCAGCCGUUUGGUGUGGAGGUGAGAAACGUUCGCUGCAUAAAAUGUCGCAAAUGGGGUCAUGUCAACACUGACAAGAUAUGUCCUCUGUUCGGAAAAGAUCUCACAGCAGAGCCAGAACAACCGGAGAACAGUGCUUCCUCUCUGUUAGAGAGUAUGCAGGAAGAUGGGUUUGCAUUGAAACAGAGCAUCUUAGGAAGAAUGUCAGAUCCCCGGGCAUCAAAUGAGCAAAUCAUUAAGAGUGAGGAUGAAGACGAUCCAGAGGUUCAGUUUCUCAAGUCGUUGACGCCAAAACAGAAGAAAAAACUGCUCAAGAGAUUGAAUAAACUCCAAACCAAAGGAAAAGAUACAGCAAAUAAGAAGUCCAAGAAGAAAAAGAAAAAGAAACAAAAAAGGAAGUCAGCUUCUUCAGAUUCAGAUGAAAGUCCAAAAAGACAACGACAUAGAAAAGUGGUUCAUUCAGAUAGUUCUAGUAGCGACAGUGAUAGUUCAGAUGAUGAACCUGUGAGAAAGAGACCAAGAGAGGAUUCAAGAGGGAGACAUCGACAGAGGAUGGACUCGGAUUCAGAUGGCAGUCCAUACAGAAGCAAACACAAGGUAAAGAAACACUUGCGCCAAAACAGCUCAGAGGACAGACCAGUAAUGAAGGGAGCACAUCGACAAGACAAAGGCCAUAGGGAUCGCAGUAGCUCUUCAGAGGAGCAACAAAGAGGAAGGAAAGGACAUCCCAGUCAGAGCAAAAAUUACCGGAAACUUAGACACAGAAGUUCUAGUGAAGAGGAUAGGCCUCGUGUAAAGAUUGAGCCACCAAGUCGGCGAGAACAGCAUGCUUAUAAUGAUGUGGGCAGAAAUCGUAUAAAGAAGGAACCAAAUAGUCAAAGGGAUCGUCAUAAUUCUGGUGAUGAGGAAGUGUCUAGAACUGUUCAAAAUAAGUCAUCUGAGAUGGAUAGGGAAAGAGACUCGAGACAAGAUGGUCAUCAGAUUAGAUACCAAAAGGAUUCUGCCUCUGGGUACAGUCAGAAUAGGCACACACAUUCCCCAGUUGUCAGAAGAGAUAGAGGGAGAAGAGCCAGUCCUUCUCCACGUAAGAAUAGGUCAAGAUCACAUGAAAGAGGUCGGAGGUCAAGAUCAAAUGACAGACGACACGGGUCAAGGUCGGGAGAUAGACGUCAAAGGUCAAGAUCCAAUGACCGACGACACAGGUCAAGGUCGGGAGAUAGAGAUCAGAGAUCAAGAAGGAAAAAUGAUAAUAACAGACAUCGCGAUCAUCGUGAAAUCGGACGAAGAGACACCUCAGACAGUGACUGAUUCAUGUCUGUUUCCAAUCAUCCAGUCCCUAUCAACUUUUCCUUGACGUUAAAAGAUUUUCAGGGAGACAACGUUUUCAAAACUAAGUAAUGUCUUUUGGCUGUUUCUGUUGUCAAAGUUAAGUCACUUCUGUUAUUCUUUCAAAGUAAUCUUGAUUCAUUUUGAUCAAAAAUUCAUACAGGACUUCCUUGUCUAAAUCAAUGUUACUAUUUAAAGUAGAAAGUCUUCAACACUAUAUCCAACAUAAAGCAAUGUAUUGAUGCAGCUGUUAAGUCCUGCUCAAUGGAGCCUUGUUCCUUCUGUUUCUUAAUGUGAGCAAAAUAACAAGUAUGUCUGUGAUGUCAAAUCAAAAUAUGAAAAUAAGGAGCCAUCAUGUCAAGUCGCUAAUCCAAGGCAUAAAUCCAUGGUAGUUUGUAAAUGCUAAAUAAAGAAUAUUUUAUAAACUGUUUAUCACUAUCAAUAAGCCUCCAUGAUGUUCAUGUUUAAAAGUUUUUUUCACUAUGGUUGUAUUGUAAAUCUGCUCGCCAAAUUGGGAGGUGUGAAUACUCUCAACCACGGAACUUGGUACUUUUAAACUGGAACAUUUUAUCUGGUAAAAAUAUACCAGUAAAACAAAGUUAUGUGAACCUCUGUAAAAUAAAUGUGUAUUGGUGGAUGUUUACAGUCAGGUGACCUACAAUACAGUACAUGUGUACAAAUAGAUGUGAACUGCAAUACUCUAGAACCUGAUAAAUAUCUUAAUAACAAGCACUUUAAAAACUUAAUUAUACAUGUAUUUUAUUUUUUGUGAUCCUGUCCAGUUUGUCUUGAGCAGAUUUUAUUGUAUAUGUAUUUACCCGGGUAUAUCAAAGUUAAAAGUCAAGACUUGUUAAUACUGUAAAUGUGUGACUCAAUAAAUUAAAAUUUUCCUC